AUGCCGAUCGUCACAGAUUAUAAGCUCCCCAAAUCGGCGGAAGACUUGGAUCUGCCCGCCGACUCCAACUCGCCAUUUUUCAUCUCCUUCCACGCCUCUCGCGACCCAAAAACAGGCACACCCUGGUGUCCAGAUGUGAGAGCCGCUCUACCACCCCUUGAAACUGCUUUCUCCGCCGAUACCGCUCCUCGUGUUGCUUUUAUUGAAGUCGGCCAGCGACCCGAAUGGAAAGAUCCUAAGAAUGUUUACCGAACCAAGUGGAAUGUGCAUAGUACGCCUACUUUAGCGCGCUAUGAACGAGUUGAUGGCAAGGUGAAGGAGGUUGGUCGUUUGGAGGAAGCUGAGAUUCUUGAUUCGAAGAAACUCAAGGAUCUAAUUACUCGUCCAUCUGCGUCUUUAUGA